CUUAUACUUAACCAGUGACAAGAAAAACGAAAAAUAUAAACUUAUUCGAAAGAAAAGAGUUUAUUAUUCCGCACUUCAUUCUUCCAGGUUUUUGUUCAAGAAAUCUAAACAGCUACAUACUAGAGGACCCGGUUCUGCGUCUUAAGCAUAGAUUUCGUGUGAUACUUCUUUCUCUCAUUUUUUAUUCAAAGUAAAGUUCAUUUUCAAAAUCAUUUAGAUAUUUCAUUUCGUUUGUCUUGUCUACAUUCUUUCAUUUGGCCUUGAAAUGUAACAAGCUUUUAAAAACUGCAAUCAGAUUCCAAUAUUUGUUGUGAACUGAAAUAUUAUUUUGUAUUUGAACCUUCUAAUAUACACGGCAUCAUUAAUUAUAUUCACAACUUUGCAAAAUUCAUAAGUAUCCGUCUUAAACAAUAAAUUCAGCAAUUAACAUUCCUCAAUAUUACGAACAGAUUUUCAGAAUGUAAGAUAUAUUUACUUAACUUAUCUUCGAAUAAAUCAAAGUGCCUUACAUUGGAUUAUGCACGAAAGAUGUCCUUUAAUAACUUGAGUUCACUCAGGAAUCUUUUACUUGGACCGUGAAUGAUAGAACUAGACGCUUCCCCGAAGAAAGGUCGAUGGGAGGAGGUGACCAGUUUAUUACCUUCUUCUAAGUGCACUAUUGGUAAUAAACCUUUUGAAGUGGAUAGAUCCGGUGGGGUGCUGUGCAUUGAUAUUGAAAAUUUAGGUUCAUUUGGAGGGAACCAACAGCCAAAUUAUUUUGGUCCGUUACAACCACAUUAUAGUAUAGCUUUCAAGGACUAUCCUUCAGAAUACGGAGCACUACCUCAGGCUGAUUGUGCGGCUCAAAAUGUUGAAUUUCUUACAUACCCUCAUUCCAUGGACGACUCACAAGGCAAUCGAGAUGAACUCAGUACUCCAAUAACAAUAACUGGAUUUGAUAAUUCUUCCGGCAUAAGCGCUGAUUCAUAUUUAUCUAAUCAAUUCAGUGAUAUUUCACAACAAUUACCUGGUCAUAAUCCUUUCUAUGCAUUUGAACAAUCAAAUUUACCAAUUCCUAACCCAGUUCAUCCUCAUUCUCAUUCUUCUCAUCAGUAUCAACACCAACAUUAUGGUAUGGAUCAAUCAACAGAUCAACUACACAACUCUGUCAAUGAUAAUGUAAUUCCUAAUGAAAUUCCCAUUAAUACAUUACCUCACAGUGAUUAUAUCCUGUCACAACAACAACAACAACAACAAAAAAAUGAAUUAUAUUCAUCAAUCUUUUCAGAAUCUAAUUAUUUUCUAUCCAAUAAUACGGUAAAUACUUUACCCAAUAUACAACACCAUCUACCUGAAUCAUAUCAAUCAGUGAUAUGGUUAAAUCAAGAACAUUCACAAAUACAAUUACAAGACCAAUUACAUUAUACAUCAGAUGGAUUAAUGACAACACAGAAUCAUAAUAAUUAUUCAGUAAUCAUUAGUAAUGUAAAUAAUAAUAAUAUUAAAGCAAAUAAUGUAGAAAUGGAUACGAUUGUUCCUGUCCCAGUCGAGACUAUAUCAACCCCCAUUGCUGAUAGUACAACUAUUCAUGUUCAAGACAGUGACAAUGAUGUUAUCAUGAUGCGACCUAUAGUUGAACAGUCAAAUCAUUUUGAAACAUCUGAACGUCUGUCUGGGAAUACUGUGAUAUCAAAUGAUUUAAUUGAUCAUAUCUAUUGUAAUAGUAAUAGUGGUAUUAAUAAUAAUAGCGAGACUACUGUUACUGCUGCUAAUAAUAAUCAUCAUCACUAUGAUACAAAUAUAAUUCCAUUACAAAUUUAUCCUACAAUAUUCCAACCAAAUUAUUCACCAGCUACAUCAUCAUCAUUGUCUUCGUCAUCGUCCUCUUGUUCAUCUUCUUCAUUUUCAUCAUUAUCAUCAUUGUCAUCUUCAAUGAUUUUAUGCACAGAAACAUUAUCAAUAACUCCAGCAACAGCAAAAUCAUCAUUAGUAACAACAACCAUCACAAAUAUUUCACCUUCAUCUUCUUCUUACUAUACAAAUCAAGAUUAUAAAUUGACUGGUAUGAAUUAUCAUCAACAACAUUUCAAAUCGAACAAUCCUACUGAUUGUAAUAACACUCUACUUACUACUACUACUACCACUACUACUACUAAUAAUAACAGUAGUAGUAAUCAUCCUAAUGAGAAAAAGUGUAAAGUUUGCGGUGAUCGAGCCGUAAAUCAUAAUUUUGGUCAAUUAACAUGUGAAUCAUGUAAAGCAUUUUUUCGACGUAAUGCACAUAAAGAAUUAACAUGUACAGCGAAAUCUGGAGAACAUGUAAUCACACCGACAACUCGUCGUGAAUGUCCAUCGUGUAGAUUAAAACAAUGUUUUCGAGUUGGUAUGAGACCAGACCUUAUACAAGUUCGCAAAAAAGAUGGAAGUAAACCACGAUGGUUAGAUAAAGUUCCACGUGCAGCUAUUGUUCAUGAACAACACUUACAAUCUUCGGAAUCAUUACAAUGGUCAACAAAUAUUAAUAAUACUACGUUUCAUAAUAAUAAUGACAGUGAUAAUAGCCAUGGUAAUAGCACAGUUAUUAAUUCUAAUCGCAUGAAAUACCGCCUAAAUUCUGACAAAUUUUCUAAAAAUAAAGCGAAAGAACUGAAGCCUCAUUUAACCGAACACCAGCCUAUAGAUAUCAACAAUAAUAGUAAUCAUAAUAGUAAUAAUAAAGAUAACAAUAUAAGCUGUAUGGAGAGAUUAAUUAAUUUGAAAAGAUUCAACAUGAACUCAAAUGAUUCGGUGAAAAUCCACUCAGAUCCUUCAUAUCCUUCAAUCCUUCAACCUCAUCAGCAGAAUCAUUAUCAACAUCCACCUUGUAUUUCACCUUGUUCCCUUCAUCAUCAACAGUGUCAACAAUAUGAAGAAAAAGUCACUUGUAAUGAUCGAUUAAAUGAUUAUAUUAUGUGUGUAACAUCAAGUCCAUCUUUGAAUACAUCAAAUAUUUUAAAUAAUAUUCAUUAUUCAAUGACAUCAAAUAAUCUUGAUAAAGACUUAAUUAUAAAUUCAAUAGCCACUGGAAUAACUACUGAUAAUAAUAAUACUACUAGUAGUAGUAGUAGUAGCAGUACAAGUCCUAGAAUAAUAAACACCAUCUCAAAUAAUUAUUUUCCAACUGAUACAGUUUUUCCUUUCAAUAGUUUAAUCAUUCCGGAUUCAAGUCAAAAUAAUAAAUAUGGCGAUGUUAAUUUAACUAAUUGGAAGACAUCAUCAGAAUAUGGUGACAAUAAUGAAACUAUUAUAAACAAUGUCAACUGUAUUACGUCAUCAACAUUAUUAUCGUCAUCAUCGUCUCUUAUCAUACCAUCUACAACGACGUUGACAGAAGCGACAGUAGAAAUGGUGAAAUUAACUUCUGAUAGUACUGUUGCCACUACCAAGAGAACAAUGAUAGCAAACACAAGAAUUAAUAACAAUGAUGAUGAUAAGCAACCUUUAACAAAUUUAAUUUUCACAGAACAUCAACAUCAUCAUCAUGAAAAUGUCAACUUCAGCACUUUGAAUGAUAUCAAUCAGUUAGAUGACCUCAUUCUACUGACUGAUUCCUCUCAACUAAUUGAACAACAAGAAAGUACAGAUCAAUUAAAACUAAUUUCAAAAACUUUAUCACCAUUGCCUUCUUUACCAACAACAACCUCCCUAACAUCAUCCUCAUCAUCAUCAUCAGUAUCAUCAUCUUUGUCAUCGACAACAAUAUUACAUAAUGAUCUGUCUAAAACUAAUUUAAUGUGCAAUUUUAUAAAUGAUGGUUCAAUUGUUUCACCAUGUAUAACAUCUAGCUUAAUAUUUUCAACUGAUACAUCAAUCAUACCUAAUGGUUUAUCGGGAUCGUGUAAACAUUUAAAUCUUACAUCUUUAUGGAAUUCUUCAUCCAUAGAUGAUCAAUUAACAAUACCAAUAAUCACUUCACAACAAAAUGAAUGUUCAUUAUCAAUGAAUCAAUCAUUAGAAUGUAUUUCAAUGAAUAAUCAUGAUUUACCAUUAGAAACUACGAUGAACUCAUUAUCAAGUGAAUUGUCACCACUAUUACCAUCUUCCGUUUCCUUAUUCUCUUCUUCUUCGUCAUCGUCAUCAUCAUCAUCAUCGUCAUCUGUUUCAAUCAAAUAUAAUGAACUACAAUUAGAUGUCACUUCUAUUAAUAAUACUAAUUACAUCUUACCGGUUGAUUUGAAUAAUACACUUUUCCUGAAUGAAAGUAAACUGUCAGAUGAUUAUCCAGUGAUAAGUCUUCCCGAUAAUAAUAAUAAUGAAACUAAUCAUAGUGAUUCAAGUACAUUAUCUUGGCCAAAUCUAAAUCACCAAAUGGAAUUACAAACAAAGUAUGGACAAAUUUUCACUGAUCUAAACCAUAACGAUAAUGAAAUUGAUGUGAUGUCAGGCAUUUUACAAAAUAAAAGUCAAUUAUAUAAUAAUAAUCCCAUAACAAUCCCAAUCAAUUUGAAUAAAAUCAAUAAAGCAUGGUCAAAUAUGUGGCAAACAGGAUUCAUUCCAAAUCCUGAACAAAUUGAUUUAAAUUUAGAUAUCACCCAACGUCCUGCAUUAAAAUGGUGUCUUACAUUAGCUAAUAUAUGGAGUGAUUUAUUAUUACGUCGUAUAUCAGUAUUUGCAAUGUCAUUAUUAGGUGAUCUUAUACAAGAUGACUAUAAAACUGGAUAUUUAUUUAAUUGUCAUAGCAACAAUAAUAAUCAUCAAAAUAAGGAUGCUAAUCAAAAGAUUAAUGAAUCAAAUGGAUACAUGUCAACAAAUGAAUAUUUUAAUGAAUUGAAUCAAGUUCAUGGCAUAUUUCAAAAUGAUCCAAUGAAGGAUGAAGAAAGUCAUAUAGAUCAUGCAUUGAAUGAUACCAAUGAUCCAUAUUUAACAUGGGAUGAUAUGUUAUGGAUAGCAAAAAAUCGUUUUACAGAUUGUGUACCGGUUUUAUUAAUUAGUUGUUCUUCAUUUGUUAAUAAGACUAUGACACCAUCAUCACCAUCACCAUCACUAUCAUCAUUGUCAACAAGUUUAAAUCAAGAAACCAUGUCAGAUUUCAAAAAUUCAAAUGGUAACCAUAAAUCCACUGAUGAUUUAGAUAAACUAUCAUUUCAGUAUUCAAUCAAUCAUCAUCAUCAUCGUAAUAUUAAAGAUGGGAAUCAAUAUUCAAUCAAUCAAUAUUCAUCAUUAUCAUCAUCAUCAUCAUCAUCAUCGUCAAUCAUAACCACAACAACAACUAAAAAAUGUUGUACAAAAUUAAUCUCCUUCCAAACAGAACCUAAUUGUGUACAUGUUAUAGAUUUGAAAAAAUUAAGUAAUGCAUUAGGUGAUUUAGGUAAGGAAUAUUCACUCAUCAAUACUACUACUACUACUAAUACUACUAAUACUACUAAUAACAAUAAUAGUAGUAAUGAUCAUAAUAAUCAAUCUACUUAUCCAAUAUUACAAUAUCUUGAUGCUUAUAUAUCUCAAUUAGGUAAUUUUUUAGCUUAUCAUCCAAUAUUAUUAAGUGCAUAUAUGGCAUUAAAAUUAACAGAUCCAAUAAUGGUGAGAAAUGAAGAAAUCUACAAUCAAUCAUUAGAUGAUCAUCAUCAACAUCAUCAUCAAUAUGAAUGGAGUCCAUCUAUCAUUCAUAGAAAUCAACGUUUACAACGUUUACAUAAAUAUUUUUUAAAUAUUUUUAAUGAAGCCAUUGAUUAUGUUGCCAUAGAAAAAACACAAUUAAAAAUCAAUAAUCAAUCAAUCAAUAAUCAUAAUAAUAAUAAUAAUAAUAAUAAUAAUCUAUACAUAUCACAAGAGCAAAUUGUUGCUAAUUCACGACGUACUAUGUUAACAGAAUUUUUAGAAUGGAGUCGUGAAUUUGAUCAAACAUGGUCAUAUUUUCAACAAGAUAUAUGGAAUGAAUCCAUGAAAUAUCAUUUAGAAUAUAAAAUAUCAAAAGGAUUAAAUAUAUUAUGUAAUAAACAAUUAAAAUAUAAUGAUAAUUUAGAAAAUGAUUUAUUAAAUAUAUUAUGGGAUGCUAAAAAUGAAUGUUUGUCGUCGAUGACAUCGUCAUCGGCGGCGGACUAUACUCCAUUGGAGAUAACCGAUGUAUGUAAGAAUAAUCCUCAUUGUACACAGUUUUUGUUGCCUUAUAGAUAUAUAUUAAAGACUUCUUUAUAA